AUGCCCACCUCACCUAAAUCCAGGCGGACUGAGCCAAGGACUCAGGUCCUACCUGAAAUCCCCAUAAAGGAGAUGAAAAUGUGGGAUAGGCGAACGAUGCUUCGGUGGAUCCAGCAAAGAAAUUCCUCCCUCCUCGAAGGUGACGACCUGAAAAGCUUCGACAGCGCAGCGAUCAACGGUGAAGCCUUUUUGUACACCAGUUACGAUUUCUUCCGUAAAGAGUGUGGCAUCCUCCCUGGACCCAGUCUAACGCUUACGCGUUAUCGGGACGAAGUCCUGAGUACGGCCACUCCAUCUCCAAAGGACAAGAGGAAGAGGGAUGAUGAAUCUGUCGCGCCGGAAUCACCCACCAGCAAGCUGUCGAAAAGAAGAUAUCAGUCACAAGAAAAACAAAAAGACCGCCCUGAUGACGACGAUAAAGAGAAGAACGAUCACGACCACGACUUUCUCGACCACGACAACAGCCAUGACACCAAUAAUAGAAAUAACGCUGCUAGGUACAAAGAACCAGAAUUUGUUCCGCCAGAAAAAAGACCCGAGCAUACCCGUCAGAGAAGGAAGCUUAUUGAAAAGAUAAUAAAAGAUCUCCAUAUUGAGUAUUGCAGUCGGUAUUCUGCUUCUACACUUGCCUCCUAUUCCGAGUUUCGUCUGCCCGGAACCGUCGCCCUACUUUCCGAUCCCAAGAGGGUACAUGUACUUCCGUUUCCAAUCGUCGACGUGCAGACACCCGCUGGAUUCGCGAUUAGCGAAGAAGAAGUUUGGCGAUAUACGGGGAGAGAGAAAUUCCCAGAACUUCUGCGUGAGCUCAAGUUUGUACUGCGGGAAAAUUCGUACACAAAGCUCUGGGUCUAUGGAAACAGGGGUUAUGGGAAGUCACACCUUCUAGCGGCACUUGUCUGUUAUCUGUCAGCUCUCGGCGAACACGUCAUAUAUGUUCCUGAUUGUCGCGUCUGGCUCAAUGAUCCCGUUAAGAUCUUUCAAGAAGCAUUGUGGUUUGCCUUUACCGACAAGGCGAUACAGGAUGAGAUCGCCAAACUAGACACGACCAAAAAGAUACAACAAUUCUUGACGGACAUGGAAAACCGGAAAGGCCGAAUCUUAUUUGUCUUUGAUCAGAUGAACGCAAUAUGUGUGAAUGAGACGGAUGUUGAGCACGUACGUUUGGCCAAAGGCCGACUCACAGCCUGGAUAUCUUGUUUGUUAGUCGGGCGCAAAGCAGUUGUCAGCUCGUCAUCCAAUAAUGGGGACUACCUCAGGGAGCAAAUUAUGCAGGACGAUAACCACACUAUGCGUGUUUAUGGUGGUUUAACUGAGGCAGAAAUGAAGUGCUGGUGGGCCCAUCGGCCUGGCUUGGAUCUGAGAGGCUACAGCGAGAAGGAAAUUGAAGAACUCACGGGUUGCAUCCCGCUACUCUUGAACGAAUGCGUGAUGAAUGGGGAGAUUAACCUCUCUCCACUAAGGGAUGUGGCAGAUAAGGCCGUAACGUUUACGGAGGAUAUCAAAAUGAAAACGAAAGACGUCGGCAAUCAGGCCCAUUGGAAUAUGCAUUGCGAGUACGUGAAGGCUUGCAUCCUCAACAGCCCUGUGCCCAGUGAAGUUUUGCAGAGACCCUACCUCAUCGACCAUCGGUUUUUCUUCCAACGCGGAGACGCCAUAGGAGGCUAUUCCUGCGGUGUAGUCCGGAAUGCCGUGACGGAGGCGCUCAUCGCAAAUCAACAAUAUUUCUCCGACUCCAGGUUCUUGAGAGUAUUGCCGACGUUCCAUAAUAACCCAUCUACGACAGGGUUUUUCAUGGAGUACGCUGUUCUCUUUUACUUACAACUGCAUGGUCUACCCUGCCACCAACAUCUUGCGGGCCACAUCGACAUGAUAACCUCCAAAACUGCCAUCCCGGACAUCCAAAAGAAUAUCAAAGGCAGGCCGGUGAUUUAUCACCCCGUCGAAUACAAUUACAAAACCCUAGAUGGAUUGAUUGUCUUGAUCGAGGAAGCGGUCAAUGGACAAAAGGAGAAAUUGUUCCUCUAUCCUUAUCAGGUCACAUUGCAUCGUAAGAAUCACAAGGAUUCUCAUGCAAUUUUCUUUGAUAACUAUGACCAGUGGGUCGCAGAGCUUCGGGAGUUUGAGGUGGUGACGGAGUUUAUAUGGUUCAGUGCGGACGAGAGUUUAAGCUCACACCAUGCGGCUGUACCUGCUUCUGAAGGCAGGACACUCAAGUCUGGAAACGUUUACCAACGACCCGGAUGGCCUGCACACAAAGAGUGUGUUGUCAAUUUUGGUGAUCUCAACACGGAACUCUGGGCCAAGUACCAGGAAGCCCAAGAGAAGGCAGAGAAGGAGAAAGCAAACAAGAACGCGCAAAGGGAAUCACAGAAGAGAGCACAACAUAAUGCGGAACGGGAAGCAGAGAAAGCAAGUAAGAAAGUUGAACAGGGAGCAACCGAGGCGGGAAAGACAGGAUAG